GAAUCCUUAUAUAAGUUCUUUUAAAGCAUUGAAGUCUUUACAUUAUAAAUUUUUUAACAAUAUGGAUUUUACCUGUUGCCUGGGGUUGAAAUAAGAACAGUGGGACUAGAGAGAUGUUUCAGCAGUUAAGAGAACUGUCUGCUCUUCCAGAGGUCCUGAUUUCAAUUCCCAGCAACUCACAACCAUCUGUAAUGGGAUCCAGUGCCCUCUUCUGGUGUGUCCAAAGACAGCAACAGUGUUCUUAUAUACAUAAAAUAAAUAACUCUUUAAAAAAAAAAAAAAGUAAGAACAGUGGUCUUGUAAAUAGCAGAUGGACCAGCUUUUAGGAAACGUGAUUGAAAUGUGGGUUGAUCGAAUGGACAACAUCACACAGCCCGAAAGGAAGAAGCUUUCAGCUUUGGCUUUACUCUCUCUUCUGCCUUCUGAUAAUAGUUUCCUGUAUCCAUGGCAACCCCUGUUUUACACAUUGGCUGUAGAGGAACCAGUGUGAAGAGUGGCGUUUCCUGCGCAAGCCAUGACUUUAAAAUUCAGAAAAGGUGGAGUGCUGGAGGUCAGCAGUGGCCCAGAGAGAACGGAGUUAAGCAACGGCUCCGCAGUUAAAACAAAAGCCUAAAGCCAAGUGCUGGGAUGCUUUCCUUAUUCUUGAAUUACAUCCAAGGGUCCCUAAGCCAUUGUCUUCAUUGACUGCUCUUCAGGCAAAUUCCAAUUUUGUGAAUACAAACUUUUGGGUCUUCAAGAGUGGCUAGCCUCGUCAGCCAUUGCUGUAAACAUCCGUUAUCAGAAUCCCCUAUCUAUGUGUGGCAGAGCAUUAUGUUAUAUUAAAUGGACUGACAUUACAAAUUGCCUUUACCUUGGACCAAUAUAUCCAGAACCUGGGCUGUAAAAUCUCUUCCUAUUCGUCACAAGACCACUGCACUCAUGAUGGCCUGGCAUAAAGUAACCACGAGUGGGAAACCUUUGGAAAACAUUGUGCCUGAGAGCAGUACCAUCUGGGAACCGAUCCGCCCUUCCCCGGCCAGUAGACCUUUUCAAGAGAGUACACUUGGUAAUGCACUGGAGAUGACUGAGGUUGUACCUGUGCAGACACAACUCACUUCUGUUACCUUGAACUCGGAGAAAAACACUGCUCUACCAAUUGAUGCCUCUUCUGUGUCAGGAAAAACAUCUCUAAUCUGUACCCAAGAAGCUGAGACGUUGAAUGAGGCCUUUGACUUUUUGCUAGCUUUUUUCAUCUUAGCUUGUGUUUUAAUCAUUUUUUUGAUCUACAAAGUUAUUCAGUUUAAACAAAAACUAAAGGCACUAGAAGACUCAGUGGAAAAUAGACUUGAGUAUUACAGCUUUUAUCAGUCAGCAAGGUACAAUGUAACUGCCUCGGUUUGUCACACCUCCCCGGAUUCUCUGGAAAGUCCUGGCUUGCAGCAAAUUGGACUGGAUAAACAAACUGUUCCUGAAAAUGGGGCACAAGUCAUUCUCUUUGAACAUUCUGCUUUAUGACUCAGCUAAAUAUUGACCAUAAAAAUUCCUUAGUGCCACGUGGCCAUAAAGCUUAACCCUUCUCAUAGAAUUAUGUUAGAAUUGUUAAAUUAGUUCUUAUUAGUAAUUUGAAUAAAGUGUAUUUGGUCUGCAUAUAUUUUCUUUGAUAUUGUACCAAGAUAAGUAGGCAACUUUCUGGUACUGAACAUCAUGUUAAAUAUGUCACAAAUCAUGUUUAUUUCUAAAGUCUUGUAAGGUUGUACUAUCUAUAUUAAAUUACACAUUAGG